AUGGGUAUGCUUCUGGAGACAACGAAUCCUGCUCAUCAUGCUCGUAACAUAUCUGAAUUGACGGCUGAGGAUAAGGCAUCAUUCACAUUCGAGCGGAAGAUGCAUGAGCAGGACUACAGAGAAUACAAAGAAGAAGAGACCGACUGCGAGAAGUUGAAGGCCUGGGUGACUGACACAGUGGACUACGGGCUGCGUCAGAGCUCGUGCCGUGCUGUGUGGGACAUACGGCCAUGGUACGCAAUCCUGAAGACAAGCGUGGGUACAACUGAAAGAAAGCAACAGGCUGCUGCCAGAAGGAUGUACCAGUGGGCUACGGCUUUUACCAAGGUCUCAGACGACGUUGCAGGCUGGGUUACGACGUGGGAAACGGCCAUCAACCAUGCUCUGGUUAGGAAGACUGGAGGCGUGGAAGACCCAAACAUUUGA